AUGGGAGAUUCAGUACCUCUAAAACUAGCACUGCCAGAGCUGAAGUAUCCUAUUGGUUCACAGCCAAAGCAAAAGUCAGCAAUCAACCAAUAUUCCGGCUCAGAGUAUAUCUCCAUUGUUGACAGCAUUCUAAAACCAGAUGAGAUGAUAAGAGUCCGAGGAUCAUUUCUGGGACCUAUAAUGAAGCUCAGUGAGAGAGGAUUGAAGUUAUCAGCAAAGAUGGUCUACGCCAUUCUCACUAGAAGCAUCGUUUCUGUCAAGGAGAAUGAAGCCUGGUUCCAUUUCGGUGCGCAGCCAAUGAGGUUCUCUAUAAUAGAAUUUCAUAUGAUGACAGGCUUGAAAUGUAGUGGUGCAUUAGAAGGACCACGAAGGGAAACCGAUAGAUUUAAUUGGGAAUUGCUAAAGGGGCGUAGUCAUAAGUUAAGUGACGUGGUGGAACAGCUCAGAAACACAAGAGAAUAUGCUUCUGAGGAGAGAGUAUGCCUCGCAAUGCUCAUCCUGGUAGAGAGCAUAUUAUUGCGGAAGAGCAGAGGGAGUUUUCCUUUGGAAUAUGCGAAAAAUGCACAGGAUAUGACAUAUCCAUGGGGGAAAGAGGAUUACAUUGUGCUCCUGAAGUCAAUUCCAAACGCUGUCGCGAAUCAUUUGGAGAAUAAAUCCAAAUUUGAGUUGCAAGGUUAUCCUCUAGUAUUCCUUCUUUGGAUACUAGAGUCGAUUCCUUUGCUAAGGAAUAAGUUCAGUAAGUGUGUACCAACAGUUGAGGUUCCUGGGCCGACUUACUUGUGUGAAAAAUACACUGAGGUAGAGAAUCCAUCACUUGAUAGGGUUUUACAGGUUGAAGCUGAUACAAAGCUGAAGGUCCAUUGCAUACUACCUUCUAUUCCUCAUGAUCCAGAAGAUGAUAUCUCCAUUGAAGACAAAUAUAGUGACGAGCUGGAAACACUGAAAGAUGUAACAAAGAAAGGGUACAAGCUUACAGCCGAUGACUGGGAAAAUAGGUGUGUAGACACAUUUGAAACAUUGGAUGCUCUUAUUCAAAUGAUGGCAAAUAAGGAGACUGGCCAAGCUUCUACUCCGAUUGAUGAGGAUUCAGUAAAUGAAAAAGUGAACAGGAUCAUCAAGGUGAUGGAGGAGAAUCUGAAGAGCAUGAAGGAUCGAAUGUCAUUACUGGAAGAAGAAAACAUACAUCUUAGAGCCCGUGUGUCAGAGUUGGAAGGAAACAACAAUGUUUUUCCCACUAACGUGACACAACAGGUAAAUUCUCAAAACAUCUUCUUUUACAUUUGCAUUUUCAAGUAUUUUUUGGAAGAUCUUGUACAUAUUCUUGAAUGCCUUCCUAAUAUUUGACAAACAGCGAUCCAGUGGGACACCUUUAUCUCC